AUGAUUGCUUACCCGUGUAAAACCUGUGGCACCAAAAUACACCGACCAGUCCACGACACUUCCCCAAAAAAUUUAUGUAAGCAUGUGGCAAGUUGUAUGAAGAGACAAAAGGAGGCUAGUGAGAAUCAGAAGCUGUCAGCGUUUGGGAUCUCCGGGACCGGCGAUAUUGAUCCACGAGAGGUACCCCAGCUAUGUGCCAUCUGGUGUGCUCAAUCAGCCCGCCCUUUCUCAGCUCUUGGUGAACAGGCGCAUCGAGGCAUCUUACACCCGGUUGUCGUCAAGAACCUACCGGGUCGAAGGUCAGUAUCGGAUGACAUAGGCCGCUUGUACACAGCUGUGCAGGAGAGUAUAAUAGAAUUGCUUAACGAUCAUAAGGGUGCAAUGUACUUGGGAUUAGAUGUCUGGCAGUCCCCAAAUGUGUUUGAUGUAUUAGGGUUGGUGAUAUACCGUCUGGUUGAAGAAGGGGCUGAUUUCCGCUUGGAGUCAAUGCCUCUUGACUUUGUCAAGCUGCAACAAAGCCACACUGGUGUGUAUUUGGCAGUAACUGUUGAUCUGAUUGUUGAGAAGUUUGGAGUGAAGGAUAAGAUAUGUGGUAUUGUGACAGACAAUGCCAGUAACAACAAGACAAUGAUUGAAGAUUUGAGAUCAUACAAAUGGCUGCGGUUGAAAGGUGAAGGCCAAUGGAUUCACUGUUUUGCUCACAUUUUCAACCUCAUAGCUCAGGCCAUCUUGAGACCCUUUGGAAGCAACAAGCACAAGAAUACUGCUGGCACCUCGCCCCAUGAGUACUUAGACUCCGACAAUGACGAGACAGAUGUCGAGCCAGAUGAUCCAGAUGAUCAAAUUAAAUUGGAAGGCAUUUCAGGAGACAACGACAAUGAAGAUGACGAUGCGCCCCUAGCUUCUAAUCUAAUUGGUGAUGACGAGGUUGAACUGGAGGAUGACCAUUUGAAUGACUUGAGUGAUGAGGGGGAAGAGGACCAAUAUACUACCCAAUCAUGCAAGGAGUCAUUAUCCAAAUUCCGAGCAAUAUCCAGGAAAUUAAACAAGUCUCCUAAUUCCAAGGCUCUUUUCAAAGAGAUCUGUGGUGAUCUUGAGUGUUCAACGCCACACAAUAUCACUCGUGACGUUUGCACACGGUGGAAUUUGACUUUUGAACAAUUGUCAGGUAUCCUGCAAUGCUCAGCAGCAAUCCUUGAGUGGCAGAAGGAUAAAUGUCACGGUCCUGCUCGAUCUCAUCACAUCAACCAAAACGAUCUUGACUUAGCGUGUGACCUGGUCAAGCUUCUUCAACCCUUCUACAAAAUCACCCUCCAGGUCUCCACUGCCGGUGCAGCUCGAAUUGCCGACAUUGUUGUCUUCAUUGACCAGAUCACUAGCCAUCUUUCUUCUGCCAUCUCCGAUAAACGGGACGAUUACCCCCCUGCCAUUAGAAAUGCUUGUCGUGCUGGACUUCAUAUCACUAAUAAGUACUAUACUCUGACAGACUGCUCACUGUUAUACCGGGUUGCUAUGGUCCUCCAUCCUUCUUUCAAAGACAAAUACUUCAAACUUGCUCAAUGGGAACCAGAAUGGAUCGAAGAAUCAAUCAGACUAACCCGUGAGAUGUGGGAAAAUCACUACAAAACUCCACCAGCACCUCAGGCAACCAUGUCACAAUGA